AUGUCCUCCCUCUGUGGAGAAGAAAAGUAAGUAGCAUUGCCCAAGCUCAUAAGAGCAGGAGCAUGUCUCCUGUUUCUGUAGUAUGAUGUACAAGUACACCCCCUGGAUAGGAUGCUAGUCUAUCGCAGGGGGAAAGGACAAAUGCUACAUGUAAUAACAGAUUGAUCAGAGCUCCGUUCGAGACUAUCCUAUCAACGUGAUCUGAAGAACUGUAAUAUCCUAUGUUUCUCAGAGUCGUGGCUGAACAAGGACAUGGAAAAUAUACAUCUAGCUGGUUUUUCUAUACAUCGGCAGGACAGAACGACAGCGUCGGGGAAACUCAGGGUGGUGGUGUUUGUCUCUAUGUUAACAACAGCUGGUGCGCAAUCUCUAAUAUUAAGGUCUCGAGGUUCUGCUCGCCUGUGUUAGAUACCUCGUGAUACGCUGUAGACCAUACUAUUUACCAAGUGAGUUUUCAUCUAUAGUUGUCUACUUACCACCACAAACCGAUGCUGGCACUAAGACCGCAAUCAACGAGCUGUAUAGGGCCAUACAGCAAACAAGAGGACUGUGAGCUCUCGUUCUCCGUGGCCUUUUGGCUUAAAACAUUUAAGCGUCCCAGACUGCAUCCCUAGCGCAGACCAGCUGGCUGGAGUGUUUUCUGACAUAUUCAAUCUCUCCCUAUCCCAGUCUGCUGUCCCCACUUGCUUCAAGAUGUCCACCAUUGUUCCUGUACCCAAGAAAGCGAUGGUAACUGACCUAAAUGACUAUCAUCCUGUAGCACUCACUUGUCCUCAUGAAGUGCUUUGAGAGGCUAGUUAAGGCUCAUAUCACCUACACCUUACCUGACAACUUAGACCCACUGCAAUUUGCAUACCGCCCCAACAGAUCCACAGAUCUCUUUUGCACUCCACACUGCCCUUUCCCACCUGGACAAAAGGAACACCUACAGAACCAGUCAAAAGUUUGGACACACCUACUCAUUCAAGUGUUUUUCUUUAUUUGUUUUUACUAUUUUCUACAUUGUAGAAUAAUAGUGAAGACAUCCAAACUAUGAAAUAACACAUAUGGAAUCAUGUAGUAACCAAAAAAGUGUUAAACAAAUCAAAAUAUAUUUUAGAUUUUAGAUUCUUCAAAGUAGCCACCCUUUACCUUGAUGACAGCUUUGCACACUCUUGGCAUUCUCUCAACCAGCUUCACCUGGAAUGCUUUUCCAACAGUAUUGAAGGAGUUCCCACAUAUGCUGAGCACUUGUUGGCUGCUUUUCCUUCACUCUGCGGUCCAACUCAUCCCAAACCAUCUCAGUUGGGUUGAGGUCUGGUGAUUGUGGAGGUCAUCUGAUGCAGCACUCCAUCACUCUCCUUCUUGGUCAAAUAGCCCUUACACAGCCUGGAGGUGUGUUGGGUCGUUGUCCUGUUGAAAAACAAAUGAUAGUCCCACUAAGCGCAAACCAGAUGGGAUGGCAUAUCGUUGCAGAAUGCUGUGGUAGCCAUGCUGGUUAAGUGUGCCUUAAAUUCUAAAUAAAUCGCAGACAGUGUCACCAGCAAAGCACCCCCACACUAUAACACCUCCUCCUCCAUGCUUCACUGUGGGAACCACACAUGCAGAAAUCAUCCGUUCACCUACUCUGCGUCUCACAAAGACACAGCGGUUGGAACCGAAAAUCUCUAAUUUGGACUCAUCAGACCAAAGGACAGAUUUCCACCGGUCUAAUGUCCAUUGCUCGUGUUUCUUUGCGGCAUUUCGACCAUGAAGGCCUGAUUCACACAGUCUCCUCUGAACAGUUGAUGUUGAGAUGUGUCUGUUACUUGAACUCUGUGAAGCAUUUAUUUGGGCUUCAAUUUCUGAGGCUGGUAACUCUAAUGAACUUAUCCUCUGCAGCAGAGGUAACUCUGGGUCUUCCUUUCCUGUGGCGGUUCUCAUGAGAGCCAGUUUCAUCAUAGCGCUUGAUGGUACUUUGCGACUGUACUUGAAAAAACUUUCAAAGUUCUUGAAGUUUUCCGGAUUGACUGACCUUCAUGUCUUAAAGUAAUGAUGGACUGUCGUUUCUCUUUGCUUAUUUGAGCUGUUCUUGCCAUAAUAUGGACUUGGUCUUUUACCAAAUAGGGCUAUAUUCUGUUUACCCCCGCAACUUGUCACAACACAACUGAUUGGCUCAAAGGCAUUAAGAAGGAAAUAAAUUCCACAAAUUAACUUUUAACAAGGCACACCUGUUAAUUGAAGCUGGUUGAGAGAAUGCCAAGAGUGUGCAAAGCUGUCAUCAAUGCAAAGGGUGGCUAUUUGAAGAAUCUCAAAUCUCAAAUAUAUUUUGAUUUGUUUAACACUUUUUGGUUACUACAUGAUUCCAUAUGUGUUAUUUCAUAGUUUUGAUGUCUUCACUAUUAUUCUACAAUGUAGAAAAUAGUAAAAAUAAAGAAAUCCAUGGAAUGAGUAGGUGUGUCCAAGCUUUUGACUGGUACUGUUUGUGAGAAUGCUGUUAAUUGACUACAGCUCAGCAUUCAACACCAUAGCGCCCUCUAAGUUCAUCACUAAGCUAAGGACCCUGGGACUGAAUACCUCCUUUUGCAAAUGGAUCCUGGACUUCCUGAUGGGCCGCCCCCAUUUGGUGAGGGAAGGCAACAAGACAUCCGCCAAGCUGAACGUCAACACGGGGGCCCCUCAGGGGUGCGUCCUUAGUCCCGUUCUGUACUCCCUGUGCACACACGACUGCAAAAAAUUGUCAAAAACUCCAGCCACCCAAGUUAUAGACUGUUCUCUCUGCUACUGCACGGCAAGCGGUACCGGAGCGCCAAGUCUGGGACCAAAAGGCUUCUGAACAGAUUCUACCUCCAAGCCUGCUGAACAGUUAAUCAAAUGGCUAUGCUGACAUUUUGCAUUGACCCCCUUUUUAUUUGCACAGACUCUAUUGCACCGGGUCUAUGCACAUUCGCUGGACUCUACCCACACACUCACACAUACUACACUGGCACUCCAACACACACACACACACACACACACACACACACACACACACACACACACACACACACACACACACACACACACACACACACACACACACAGUAAUCAUGUAUACAGUAAUCAUGUGCCUAUGAACCAGAGUUACACUGUUAACACUGAGGCGGUGUGCCCUAGUAGGAAGUCCACAGCUGAAACAUAAAUAACAUUGUUAUGUAUACUUCUGAUAAGCUUCCCAGUAAAACAAUAAAAAUAAUCAAGCAUCCCAGAAAAAUAGUCCACAUAAACAUAUAGUGCCUUCAGAAAGUAUUCAGACACCUUGAUUUUUCCCACAUUUUGUUAGGUUACAUUUUGUUAGGUUAUCUAAAAUUGAUUAAAUUGUUUUUACUAGUAAGCCAGUAAUAGGGUCAGACGCAGAGAAUCCCAGUGACGAGAGGGGAGCUGGCCAGGCAGAGACAGCAUGGGAGGUUCCUCACUCCAGUGCCUUGCUGUUCACCUUUGCACUCCUGUGCCAGACUACACUCAAUCAUAAGACCUACUGAAGAGAUUUAGUAAAUACGUACAUAUGUACAGUGCAUUCGAAAAAAAAUUAAACAUUUAUCACAUUUACGUAAGUAUUCAGACCCUUUACUCAGUACUUUGUUGAAGCACCUUUGGCAGCGAUUACAGCCUUGAGUGUUGUUGGGUAUGAUGCUACAAGCUUGGUACACAUAUAUUUGGGGAGUUUCUCCCAUUCUUCUCUGCAGAUCCUCUCAAGCUCUGUCUGGUUGGAUGGGAAGCAUUGCGCACAGCUAUUUUCAGGUCUCUCCAGAGAUGUUAGAUUGGGUUCAAGUCCGGGCUCUGGCUGGGCCACUCAAGGACAUUCAGAGACUUGUUUUGAAGCCACUCCUGCGUUGUCUUAGCUGUGUGCUUAGGGUUGUUGUCCUGUUGGAAGGUGAACCUUCGCCCCAGUCUGAGGUCCUGAGCGCUCUGGAGCAGGUUUUCAUCAAGGAUCUCUCUGUACUUUGCACCAUUCAUCUUUGCCUCGAUCCUGACUAGUCUCCCAGUCCCUGCCGCUGAAAAACAUACCCACAGCAUGAUGCUGCCACCACUAUGCUUCACCAUAGGGAUGGUGCCAGGUUUCCUCCAGACAUGACGCCUGGCAUUCAGGAGUUAAAUCUUGGUUUCAUCAGACCAGAGAAUCUUGUUUAUCAUGGUCUGAUAGUCUUUAGGUGCCUUUUGGCAAACUCCAAGCGGGCUGUCAUGUGCCUUUUACUGAGGAGUGGCUUCUGUCUGGCAACUACCAUAAAGGCCUGAUUGGUGGAGUGCUGCAGAGAUGGUUGUCCUUCUGGAAGGUUCUCCCAUCUCCACAGAGGAACUCUAGAGCUCUGUCAGAGUGAUCAUCGGGUUCUUGGUCACCUCCCUGACCAAGGACCUUCUCCCCCGAUUGCUCAGUUUGGCCAGGUGGCCAGCUCUUGGAAGAGUAUUGGUGGUUCCAAACUUCUUCCAUUUAAGAAAUGGAGGCCACUGUGUUCUUGGGGACCUUCAAUGCUGCAGAAUUUGUUUUUGUCUGUCCUAUACGGACAAUUCCUUCGACCUCAUGGCUUGGAUUUUGCUCUGACAUGCACUGUGGGACCUUAUAUAGCCUUUCCAAAUCAUGUCCAAUCAAUUUAAUUUACAAUAGUUGUAGAAACAUCUCAAGGAUGAUCAAUGGAAACAGGAUGCACCUGAGCUCAAUUUCGAGUCUCAUAGCAAAGGGUCUGAAUACUUAUGUAAAUAAGGUAUUUCUGUUGUUUAUAUUUCAUUAAUUUGCAAGAAUUUCUAAAAACCUGUUUUCACUUUGUCGUUAUCUCUGAAACUCACUUAGAUAAUUCAUUUAAUGAUACAGUGGUAGCAAUACAUGGUUAUGACACCUAUAGAAAGACAAAAAUGCCAUUGGGGCGGUGUUGCGGUCUAUAUUCAGAGCCAUAUUCCUGUAAAGCGUAGAGAGGAUCUCAUGUUAAAUACUGUUGAAGUAAUAUGGCUACAGGUUCACCUGCCUCACCUAAAGCCCAUUCUUGUGGGAAGCUGCUAUAUACCACCAAGUGCUAACAGUCAGUAUCUGGAUAAUAUUUGUGAAACGCUUGAUAAUGUAUGUGAUAUCAACAGGAGAUAUAUUUUCUGGGUGACCUUAAUAUUGACUUGCCCACUCAAGAAAAAGCUUCAAACUGUAACCAGUGCCUGCAACAUGGUUCAGGUUAUCAGUCAACCUACCAGGGUAUUUACAAACAGUACAGGACUGAAAUCAUCAACAUGUAUUGAUCACAUAUUUACUAAUGCUGCAGAAAUCUGCUUUAAAGCAGUAUCCAUGUCACGAUCGUCGGAGGAAAUGGACCAAUGCGCAGCGUGAUAAGUGAACAUACUUAUUUAUUAAUUCACCACACGAACAAAACAACAAACGAUACGAAACGUGAAGUCCUUGGUUACAAUACAAACCAUACGGAACAAGAUCCCACAACACACUGUGGAAAACAGGCUGCCUAAGUAUGGUUCCCAAUCAGAGACAACAAGCAACAGCUGAUACACGUUGCCUCUGAUUGAGAACCACCCCAGCCAACAUAGAAACAAAAGAACUAGAUAAUAACCCUAGCACACAAAACACAUAGAAACCACACACCCUGGCUCAACAUAACAGAGUCCCAGAGCCAGGGCGUGGCAGUACCCCCCCCCCCCCCCCCCCCCCCCCCCCCCCCCAAAGGCGCGGACUGUGACCGCGCCAAACAUAAACCGAACAGGGGAGGGCCGGGUGGGCAUUCCUCCUCGGAGGCGGUUCCGGCUCCGGGCUUGACCCCCACCCUCCAACCAACCCCCCAAAGCGCCCCUGGUCCGGUCUGGCCCUGCUGGCCGGAGCUGGACUGAACACUGGUGGAGCGGAUUGCUCUAGCUCCGGAGUGGAGCAGCUGACCGGUGCCGGACCAGGCACCGGUGGAACAGGCACGGGCUGUGCCGGACUGACGACGCGCACCACAGGCUUGGUGCGGGGAGCAGGGACGGGCCGGACCGGGCUGACGACGCGCACCAUUGGCUUGGUGCGGGGAGCAGGGACGGGCCGAACCGGGCUGACGAAGCGCACCACUGGCUUGGUGCGGGGAGCAGGGACGGGCCGAACCGGGCUGACGAAGCGCACCACUGGCUUGGUGCGGGGAGCAGGGACGGGCCGAACCGGGCUGACGAAGCGCACCACUGGCUUGGUGCGGGGAGCAGGAACAGGCCGGACCGGGCUGACGACGCGCACCAUUGGCUUGGUGCGGGGAGCAGGGACGGGCCGAACCGGGCUGACGAAGCGCACCACUGGCUUGGUGCGGGGAGCAGGAACAGGCCGGACCGGGCUGACGAUGCGCACCACAGGCUUGGUGCGGGGAGCAGGGACGGGCCGAACUGGGCUGACGAAGCGCACCACUGGCUUGGUGCGGGGAGCAGGAACAGGCCGGACCGGGCUGACGACGCGUACCACAGGCUUGGUGCGAGGGGCAGGAACAUGCCGGACCGGGCUGGCGACGCGCACCACAGGCUCGGUGCGAGGGACAGGAACAAGCCGGACCGUACUGGGGACACACACCACUGGCCCUACGCGGGGAUCAGGAAUGGGCCGGACCGGACUGGCAACACACCCCAGUACCUCUCGCCGUGCCUCUACAUUCUCCUUCCCCCUGGUGACCAGUGACUCACGUAACCUGGCGGCCUCCUUUGCCAACCCGCUGAACCACUCUAUCCCGGCCUCCUGCUGCCCCGUUGUCCACGGCGUGAGCCCCCCCCUAAAAAAUUUCUGGCCGUCUCUCCUCCCCGUGGGCCAGGCCUCCAUGGCUCUCGCCAGACUCUCGCUCCUCUGCUCCAAAGUCCAGCCUCUCUCCUCCUCCCGCGGCUUGACCCAGUCGAGGUUGAUAUCCUUCAGAGUCACCUCUGGCGUUGGCUCCUGGACACGUUGCUUGGUCCAGUUAUGGUGGGAUCUUCUGUCACGAUCGUCAGAGGAAAUGGACCAAUGCGCAGCGUGAUAAGUGAACAUACUUAUUUAUUAAUUCACCACACGAACAAAACAACAAACGAUACGAAAUGUGAAGUCCUUGGUUACAAUACAAACCAUACGGAACAAGAUCCCACAACACACUGUGGAAAACAGGCUGCCUAAGUAUGGUACCCAAUCAGAGACAACAAGCAACAGCUGAUACACGUUGCCUCUGAUUGAGAACCACCCCGGCCAACAUAGAAACAAAAGAACUAGAUAAUAACCCUAGCACACAAAACACAUAGAAACCACACACCCUGGCUCAACAUAACAGAGUCCCAGAGCCAGGGCGUGACAAUCCAAUUUCAUUGGAUGUAGUGAUCACAAUGUAGUAGCCAUAUCUAGGAAAACCAAAGUUCCAAAGGCUGGGCCUAAUAUAGUGUAUAAGAGGUCUUACAAUACGUUUUGUAGUGAUUCCUAUGUUAAUGAUGUAAAUAAUAUUUGCUGGUCUGUGGUGUGCAAUGACGAGCAACCAGACGCUGCACUUGACACAUUUAUGAAAUGGAUUAUUCCAGUUAAUAAUAAGCAUGCACCCAUUAAGAAAAUUACUGUUAAAACUGCUAAAUCCCUGUGGAUUGAUGAGGAAUUGAAAAAUUGUAUGGUUGAGAAGGAUGAGGCAAAAGGAAUGGCAAAUAAGUCUGGCUGCACAACAGAACCCACUGAUAUUGCCAACUACUUUAAUGAUUUCUUCAUUGGCAAGAUUAGCAAACUUAGGCAUACCAGCAACAAACGCCGACACUACACAUCCAAGUAUAACUGACCAAAUUAUGAAAGACAAGCAUUGUAAUUUUGAAUUCCGAAAAGUGAGAGUGUGGAAGAGGUGAAAAAAUGAUUGUUGUCUAUCAACAAUGACAAGCCACCUGGGUCUGACAGCUUGAAUGGAAAGUUACUGAGGAUAAUAGUGGACGAUAUUGCCACUCCUAUUUGCCAUAUCUCCAAUCUAAACCUACGAGAAAGUGUGUACCCUCAGGCCUGGAGGGAAGCAAAAGCCCCCUUUACUGGCUCAAUUAGCCGACCAAUCAGCCUGUUACCAACCUUCAGUAAACUUUUGGAAAAAAUUGUUUGACCAGAUACAAAGCUAUUUUAUAGUAAACAAAUUGACAACAGACUUUCAGCACACUUAUAGGGAAGGACAUUCAACAUGCACGGCACUUACACAAAUGACUGAUGAUUGAUUGUGGGAGCUGUUUUGUUAGACUUCAGUACGGCUUUUGACAUUAUCGAUCAUAGUCUGCUGCUGGAAAAACGUAUGUGUUAUGGCUUUACACCCCCUGAUAUAUUGUGGAUAAAGAGUUACCUGUCUAACAGAAGACAGAGGGUGUUCUUUAAUGGAAGCCUCUCCAGCAUAAUCCAGGUAGAAUCAGGAAUUCCCCAGGGCAGCUGUCUAGGCCCAUUACUUUUUUCAAUCUUUACUAAUGACAUGCCACUGGCUUUGAGUGCAGAUGACUCAACACAUUACACGUCAGCUACUACAGCGAGUGAAAUUACUUAACAAAGAGCUGCAGUCAGUUUCAGAACGGGUGGCAAGAAAUAAGUUAGUCCUAAAUAUAAAAAAAACUAAAAGCAUUGUAUUCGGGACAAAUCAUUCACUAAACCCUGAACCUCAACUAAAUCUUGUAAUGAAUAAUGUGGAAAUUGAGCAAGUUGAGUUGACUAAACUGCUUGGAGUAACCCUACAGUGGCUAAGAUGGGGAGAAGUAUGUUCAUAAUAAAGCACAGCUCUGCCUUCUUAACAACACUAUCAACAAAGCAGGUCCUACAGGCCUUGGUUUUGUCACACCUGGACUACUGUCCUGUCAUGUGGUCAAGUGCCACAAAGAAGGACUUAGGAAAAUUACAGUUGGCUCAGAACAGGGCAGCACGGCUGGCCCUUAAAUGUACACAGAGAGCUAACAUUAAUAAUAUGCAUGUCAGUCUCUCAUGGCUUAAAGUAGAGGAGAGAUUGACUUCAUCACUACUUGUUUUUAUAAGAAGUAUUGCCAUGCUGAAUGCACAGAGCUGUCUGUUUAAACUACUCGGAUACCCAUGCAUACCCCACAAGACAUGCCACAAUAGGUCUCUUCACAGUCCCCAAGUCCAGAACAGACUAUGGGAGGUGCACAGUACUACAUGCAAGUAGUAAAAUUUGAUUUAAAAAACAAAUAAAAAUACACCUUUCGGAACAGUGUGGACUGUGUAGAGACACAGGCACAGACACAUGCAUACACAUAAUAACACACGCAUUCUACACACACAUACACAUGGAUAUUGUAUUGAAUGUAUGUGGUAGUAGAGUAGUGGCCUGAGGGCACACACUUAAUGUGUUGUGAAAAGUGUUAUGAAAGGUAAUGUAAUCUUUUUUAUUGUAUGUAACUGCCUUAAUGUUGCUGGACCCCAGGAAGAGUAACUGCUGCCUUGGCAGCAGCUAAUGGGGAUCCUUAAUACACACACACACACACAUACACACUUUCACAGUCUUCACAUACACUGCUGCUACUCUGUUCAUUAUCUAUCCUGAUUGCCUACAUACUUUUACCCUUACAUACAUAUUACCUACAUUACCUCAACUACCUCGUACCACUGCACAUUGACUCGGUAUCGGUACUCCGUGUAUAUAGUCUUGUUACUAUUAUUUCAUUGGGUUACUAUUUCCUUUUUGAUUUGUUGUUAAUUUUUCUUACUUUUUAACUCUGCAUUGUUGGGAAAGGGCUCAUAAGUAAGCAUUCCAUGGUAAAGUCUACACAUGUUGUAUUCGGCAAGCGACAAAUAAAAUAUGUUUUGAAUUUGAUUUGUUUUAUGAUGCCAUCAGCUGAUAAUUGGGGUCAACAACCUGGUAAUCAACCAGGUAAUCACAGGCUAACACCAUAACACCAGUGUAGAUGUCUCAUAAAAGCAUUAGAGGACGUUCAGCUGUACCCCUGUACUGGGAUUUAUGUGUAAGUGAAAGGAUAGGAUUUUGUUGUGCUGUAAAGGUAAGCCAGGGAUUGGAUUAAUAGAUGUGAUCUGUUAGUUUGAGUAAUUGAAAGUGAAGGGGACCAUUUAGGCUACUGCCCAUUGGGCAGAUCACGCCAAUGCAAUGUGGAUAAUUAGGUAAUAUUUGGUUGAGACGUUGAUCAAUGAGAUUACAACCUACUGUAUUUUCACCCACUCAAAAAGACGGCCAAAAGUUAGUUGAAUUUCCAAUGUGUUAUCACUAUGCUCUCAACCAUCUAAAAGCACAAACAAAUUCCAAUGGAAAAACAAUGUCUGAUUUUUUAUUUAGUUUUCACCAAAAUGUCUAUCACUGCACUUUCAACCAUUUAAAAGCACAGCAAAGUUCAAAUGGGAAUACAAUGUCAGAUAUUUUGUUUAUUUACAGUGCUAUGAAAAAGUAUUUGCCCCCUUUCUAAUUUUCUCUACUUUUGCAUAUUUGUGAUACUGAACGUUAUCAGAUCUUCAACCAAAACCUAAUAUUAGAUAAAGGGAACAUAAGUGAACAAAUAACACAACAAUUACAUAUUUAUUUCAUAAACAAAGUUAUGCAACACCCAAUUCCCCUGUGUGAAAAAGUAAUUGCCCCCUUAUACUCAAUAACUGGUUGUGCCACCUUUAGCUGCAAUGACUCCAACCAAAUGCUUCCUGUAGUUGUUGAUCAGUCUCUCACGUCACUGUGGAGGAAUUUUGGCCCACUCUUCCAUGUAGAACUGCUUUAACUCAGUGACGUGUGUGUUUUCAAGCAUGAACUGCUCGUUUCAAGUCCUGCCACAGCAUCUCAAUUGGGAUUAGGUCUGGAUUUUGACUAGGCCAUUCCAAAACUUCCAAUUUGUUGCUUUUUAGCAAUUUUCAUGUAGACUUGAUUGUGUGUUUUGGAUCAUUGUCUUGCUGCAUGACCCAGCUGCGCUUCAGCUUCAGCUCACAGACGGAUGGUCUGACAUUCUCCUGUAGAAUUCUCUGAUACAGAGCAGAAUUCAUGGUUCCUUCUAUUAAGGCAAGUCGUCCAGGUCCUGAGGCAGCAAAGCAUCCCCAAACCAACACACCACCACCACCAUGCUUGACCUUUGGUAUGAUGUUCUUACUGUGGAAUGCAGAGUUUGGUUUUCGCCAGGCAUUACUGGAACCAUGUUGUCCCAAAAGUUAUACUUUUGAAAAAUCUGUCCAUAGAAGGUUCUUCCAAGAGUCUUCAUGAUCAUCCAGGUGCUUUUUGGCAAACUUGAGUCAACUUUUUGGACGAGAUGGGUCCCAUUAUGCCUGGCCUCGAGCGGCACGUACGUCCGACCCACUGGACACUCUGGGGGAGUAGGAUCGGUGCGUAACGGCCGCUCAAUUUCCGCAUCGACCUCCCAUACCACCGGUGCCACCAGACAAGACUCCGGCAGUAUGGGAGUGGGCUCAAUGGACCUCUCCUCUGUGUCAUACCGCCUGGACAGGGCGUCUUAAACACGAACCGGGUCAGAAACAUGUUCCACCUAGCCUGACAAGGGUUCAAUCUUCUAGCUGCCCGGUUACGGUGAUCAGUCAGAAUGAGAAAAGGGUGUUGAGCCCCCUCAAGCCAAUGCCUCCACACCUUUAGAGCUUGAACCACGGCUAACAGCUCCCUGUCCCCUACGUCAUAAUUCCGUUCCGCCGGGCUGAGCUUCUUAGAAUAAAAAGCGCAGGGACGGAGCUUAGGAGGUGUGCCUGAGCGUUGCGACAGCACUGCCCCAAUACCGGCCUCUGACGCGUCCACAUCUACCUGGAACGGUAAAGCGGGGUCCGGAUGCGCCAGCACCGGAGCCGAAGUGAACAGGUCCUUCAGUUUACCAAACGCCCUGUCCGCUUCAUCCGACCACUGCAAACGCACCGGGCCCCCCUUCAACAGGGAAGUGAUGGGAGCUGCUACCUGUCCAAAACCCCGGAUAAACCUCCGGUAGUAAUUAGCAAAACCCAAAAACCGCUGCACCUCUUUAACGGUGGUUGGAGUCUGCCAAUUACGCACGGCUGACACACGGUCAACCUCCAUCUUCACCCCUGACGCGGACAACCGAUGACCCAAGAAGGAGAUGGACUCCUGGAAAAACAGACAUUUAUCUGCCUUGACAUACAAGUCAUGCUCCAACAGCCUACCCAACACUCGGCACACCAGGGCUACAUGCUCGGCUCGUGUAGAAGAGUACACUAGGAUGUCGUCAAUGUACACUACCACACCCUGCCCAUGCAGGUCCCGGAAGAUCUCAUCCACAAAGGAUUGGAAGACCGAAGGAGCAUUCAUUAACCCGUAUGGCAUGACGAGAUACUCAUAAUGACCCGAGGUGGUACUAAAUGCUGUCUUCCAUUCAUCUCCCUCCCUAAUGCGCACCAAGUUGUAGGCGCUCCUGAGAUCCAGUUUUGUGAAGAAACGCGCUCCGUGCAAUGAUUCAGUCAUACUCGCAAUCAGAGGAAGAGGGUAACUGUAUUUAACAGUGCUCUGAUUGAGACUACGGUAAUCAAUACACGGGCGGAACCCUCCAUCCUUCUUCUUCACAAAAAAGAAACUCGAGGACGCAGGGGAAGUGGAGGACCGUAUGUAUCCUUGUCUCAGGGACUCAGCAAUGUAUGUCUCCAUAGCCGCCGUCUCCUCUUGAGACAGAGGAUACACAUGGCUCCGCGGGGGUGCCGCACCUGUCUGGAGGUUUAUCGCACAAUCUCCCUGUCUAUGAGGUGGCAAUCGCGUCGCCCUCGUCUUGCUGAACACGAGUGCCAAAUCCUCAUACUCAGGGGGAAUGUGCAUUGCGGGCACUUGGUUCGGACUCUCCACCGUGGUCGCCCCAACGGAAACACCUAAACAUCGCCCAACACACUGGUCAGACCAUUCCUUGAGAGCCCUCUGUUGCCACGAAAUGGUGGGGUCAUGGGUGAUUAACCAAGGAAGCCCCAGCACCACGGGAUACGCAGGAGAGUCAAUCAGGUACAACUGAAUGAUCUCCUCAUGACCCCCCUGCGUCUUCAUCUUUAGUGGCGCUGUGACCUCCCUAAUCAACCCAGAUCCCAACGGGCGGCUAUCUAGGGCAUGGACAGGGAAGGGUGCAUCAACGGGCAGGAGGGGAAUCCCUAACUUAGUGCAACAUUUCCGAUCAAUAAAAUUCCCAGCUGCGCCUGAAUCGACUAGCGCAUUAUGCUGGGAAUGAGAUGCAACCUGAGGAAAUACCACAGGUAUACACAAGUGAACAACAGAGAGCUCUGGGUGAGUGGGGCGCCUACUCACCUGAAAUGACUCCCCAGUGCGCGACCUGUUGCCCCGAUUCCCUGGAGACCCUCCCCAGCACCUAGCCGCAGUGUGUCCUCCACGGCCACAGUUGGUGCAGGGGACGGCCCCCCUCGGGUUCUCUCUCCUUCUCUCUCUAGCGCCAGCACCCCCGAGCUCCAUAGGGCUCGGCUCGGAGGUGCUGGGGGAUGGAAUGGACGGCCCCAACUCGGGACGUCCGCGGGUGGCCAGCAGGGUAUCCAGACAGAUGGACAUGUCCACCAGCUGGUCGAAGGACAGAUUGGUGUCCCUGCAGGCCAGCUCUCGACGAACGUCCUCACGCAGGCUACACCGAUAGUGGUCGAUGAGGGCCCUCUCAUUCCACCCCGCAUCCGCCGCUAGAGUCCGGAAAUCCAGGGCAAACUCCUGUGCGCUCCUCUUCCCCUGUCGGAGGUGGAACAGACGCUCCCCCGCCGCUUUACCCUCAGGAGGGUGAUCGAAAACAGCCCUGAAGCGGCGGGAGAACUCCGCGUAGCUGAUGGUGGCGGCGUCUAUUCCCCUCCAUUCGGCGUUGGCCCACUCCAACGCCUUGCCAGAGAGACAGGAGAUGAGGGCGGAAACGCUCUCGUAUCCCGAGGGCGCCGGGUGUAUGGUUGCCAGGUAGAGUUCCACCUGAAGGAGGAACCCCUGACACCCGGCUGCGGUGCCAUCAUACGCCCUCGGGAGCGAGAGCCGAAUCCCACUGGAUUCCGGAGCUGGUCUGGUGGGGCUGGCCGAUGGUGGUGGUAAUGUAGGAGGAGGUGUGGGCACGCCUCCCCUUUCCCAUCGGCUCAGGGUGUUCAUCACCUCCUGCAUGGCGGAGCCGAGUUGCUGGAUCCUAGCGUCCUGGCAGCUGACCCGAUCCUCCAGCGACUCGGUCGCCGCCGCUGCUCCUGCUGACUCCAUAGUAUGGUGUGUUGUUCUGUCAUGGGCUGAUGUGGAUGUGGUGUUGGAGUCAGGCGCAGGACACAGAAGCUUAGUCAAACCGACUUUACUUGUCAAACACGACAAUACAAAAUAACGGGCCUCAAAACAACGGAGGCGAGCGAUUACGCAUACAGUGCGUCAAUACACUAAAUACAAGAGAGCAAUAACAAAUCACCAGUGGACAGGCGGACAACAACACACAACUGCCAACAAAACCAAAGGAAACUUAUAGGUGACAUAAUCAAUACAUAAGACGAAACAGGUGCACCAACAAGACUAAACCAAACAAACAUAGAGAACAUCAAGCGGUAGUAGCUAGUACUCCGGGGACGACGAACACCGAAACCUGCCCGAACAAGGAGGAGGAGCAGUCUCGGCGGAAUUCGUGACAACUAUGAAAUAACACAUAUGGUAUCAUGUAGUAACCAAAAAAGUGUUAAACAAAUCAAAUAUAUUUAUAUUUGAGAUUCGGCAAAGUAGCCACCCUUUGCCUUGAUGACAGCUUUGCACACUCUUGGCAUUCUCUCAACCAGCUUCAUGAGGUAGUCACCUGGAAUGCAUUUCAAUUAACAGGUGUGCCUUGUUAAAAGUUAAUUUGUGGAAUUUCUUUGCUUCUUAAUGCGUUUGAGCCAAUCAGUUGUGAUGUGACAAGGUAGGGGGUUUUACAGAAAAUAGCCCUAUGUGGUAAAAGACCAAGUCCAUAUUAUGGCAAGAACAGCUCAAAUAAGCAAAGAGAAACGACAGUCCAUCAUUACUUCAAGACAUGAAGGUCAGUCAAUAAGGAACAUUUAAAGAACUUUGAACGUUUCUUCAAGUGCAGUUGCAAAAACCAACAAGCGCUACGAUGAAACUGGCUCUCAUGAGGACCGCCACAGGAAAGGAAGACCCAGAGUUACCUCUGCUGCAGAGGAUAAGUUCAUUAGAGUUACCAGCCUCAGAAAUUGCAGCCCAAAUAAAUGCUUCACAGAGUUCAAGUAACAGACACAUCUCAACAUCAACUGUUCAGAGGACACUGUGUGAAUCAAGCCUUCAUGGUCGAAUUGCUGCAAAGAAACCACUACUAAAGGACACCAAUAAUAAAAAGAGACUUGUUUGGGCCAAGAAACACGAGCAAUGGACAUUAGACCGGUGGAAAGCUGUCCUUUGGUCUGAUGAGUCCAAAUUUGAGAUUUUUGGUUCCAACCGCCGUGUCUUUGUGAGUGUUUGUGUGAUUUCCACCGUGAAACAUGGAGGAGGAGGUGUGAUGGUGUGGGGGUGCUUUGCUGGUGACACUGUCAGUGAUUUAUUUAGAAUUCAAGGCACACUUAACCAGCACAGCAUUCUGCAGCAAUACACAAUCACAUCUGGUUUGGGCUUAGUGGGACUAUUAUUUGUUUUUCAACAGGACAAUGACCCAACACACCUCCAGGCUGUGUAAGUGCUAUUUGACCAAGAAGGAGAGCGAUGGAGUGCUGCAUCAGAUGACAUGGCCUCCACAAUCACCCGACCUCAACCCAAUUGAGAUGGUUUGGGAUGAGUUGGACCGCAGAGUGAAGGAAAAGCAGCCAACAAGUGCUCAUUAUAUGUGGGAACUCCUUCAAGACUGUUGGAAAAGCAUUCCUCAUGAAGCUGGUUGAGAGAAUGCCAAGAGUGUGGAAAGCUGUCAUCAAGGCAAAGGGUGGCUACUUUGAAGAAUCUAAAAUCUAAAAUAUAUUUUGAUUUGUUUAACACUUACAAUGUAGAAAAUAGUAAAAAUAAAGAAAAACCCUUGAAUGAGUAGGUGUGUCCAAACUUUUGACUGGUACUGUAGGUAAGUGGGUUAUUGUCAGUAGAAAUGGCAAAGUGUGGUGCAUAGAACAGUCCCAAAACUUCUCACACACUGCCCAUUUUAAGGAUAGGAACUCAAGUUUGCUCAAGUGUAGGUUGUAGUUUCCAUUAGCUGGCGUGAGAGUUCUAGAUCCAUAACUGAUGACCUUCAACUUUCCUUCCUGCCACUGAUACAGCACAGCUCCGAGACCCUUUUCCGAGGCAUCUGUAUGGAGUGUGAACUGUAGGUUGAAGUCAGAGUACUCCAACACAGGUGGGUUGGCCAACAUGUCAAGGAGUCUUUCAAGGGUUCUCUGGUGUUCACUCGUACACUGGAUGGUAGCCCUAGAGGACAGCUUUCCAUUCGACUUUCCCUCUGUAUGGUUUUACUGGCAGUACAUCAGUUGCAGUUUUCACCUGGAGCAACUCAUAGAUCAGUUUUGCUAUCCUGGAGAAGUCCUGGCUGUAGCUUCUGCAGUAGCUCAGAAACCAGAGUAGUUUCCGGACAUCACCAACGGUCUGAGGUGUUUUCUCCUUCAGUGCCAUGAUCGCGUCCAGGUCUUUGGGAUCCAUCCUUACACCAUCUGCUGAUACGAGUCAUCCAACAUAUCAUACCUCAUGCUUAAACAACUCACAUUUUGUUGUCUCCGUUUUUCUCCAUGUUUCUGAAGGGCCUUGAGGACCGUCCGGCGUCUGUCAACGUGGUCUUCAAAGGACUUUGUGUAGCACAGUACGUUGUCGAGGUAGGGGAUAUAACAUUCAUCAUGUAGCUUGUCCAGCAUCUCCUCCAUGCUCCUCUGGAAUGUGGCAGGUGCAUUCGAUAGCCUUUCAGGGAUUCUGACCCACUCGUAGAGCCCCCAGGGAGUGAUGAAUACCGUCAGAUGUCUGGACCCUUCGGCCAUGAACCUUUAGGUGAUACGCCUUACCCUAAUCCAGGAGGGUAAACCAGCUGUAGCCACCCAGGGUAUCCGUCAGGUCUUGGAUCCGCGGCAUUGGAUGUCUAUUGGGGACUGUUUUCUGGUUGAGUUAUCUGUAGUCGACACAUAACCGCAGCAACCCAUCCUUCUUUCGGACAUAUACGACUGGCGCGGAAUACGGUGACUUUGACGUUACUAUACAUCCUUUCAUUAACAGGUUUGGAAAGUUCCGAGAUUCAGAUUCAAAGUCUUUAAUGGUCACAUGUACAGGGUUGCAGGUGUGAUUGCAGGGUACAGUGAAAACCUUAGGGUUUGAGCUCCAACAAGCAGGACUAAGUGAAAUAAAACAAUGAAAAUGGUAAUAAAAAACAACAAUACAAAUUCAAUUAGUACUAUAUACAUAAUAACAACUGUGGCAGUGAUUAAUAAAUAAAUGCCCAUUGGGUUGGAGGCAGAGUAAAGACUGUUGAGGGGGUGUGGGGGAAUGGCCAUAGGGGGAGAAACAUGACAAUUGAGGGGGUGUGGGGACCAAGUGAAAGAAAAACAAUACAAAUUGGAAUAAUAUUCAUAUUAACACCUAAAACAGCUAGCUGACUAGUGGUGGCUAUUCAGGGUAGAAACUAUUGGCCAGUCUUUCAGUUUUUGCCAUGAUGCUCCUGUACUGCCCGCGUCUGAGUGAAUGAAGCGGGGAGAACAGGGUAUGGCUUGGGUGGCUGGGGACCCUGAUUAUCUUCUUGGCCUUCCUGCGUCACCUGGUGUUGUAGGGGUCCUGUAGGGCAGGCAGUGUGCACCCAAUGGUGAGUUCGGCUGCACAUAUCACCCUCUGAAGAGUCUUGGGGUCCACGGCGAUGGAGUUGCGGUACCAGGCUGUGAUGCAGCCCGACAGUAUGCUCUCGAUGGUGCUCCUGUCGAACACUGUGAAGACCCUCGGGGACAGGUCGAAUUUCUUCAGCAUCCUGAGGUUGCAGAGUCGCUGUCGUGCCUUCUUCACUACAGUGUCCAUGUGGUUAGACCAUUUCAGCUUCUCUGAGAUGUGUACACCGAGGAAUUUGAAGUUAUUGAGCAUCUUCCACAGCGGCCCCGUUGAUGAGCCUGGUUCCUCCUGAAGUCCACAAUCAGCUCCUUUCUUUUGCUAACAUUGAGGGAGAGGUUGGUCACCUGGCACCAUGCCGUCAGAGUGCCUACCUCCUCCCUUUAGGCUGUCUCGUUGUUGUUGGUAAUCAGGCCCACUACUGUCGUUUCGCGUCAUCACCGAACUUGAUGAUGGAGUUGGAACUGUGUGAAGCCACGCAGUCAUGGGGAUACAGGAGGGGACUGAGGACGCACCCUUGUGGGGCCCCCGUGUUGAGAAUCAGUGUUGAGGAGGUCAUGUUGCCUACCUUCACCACCUGCGGAUGGCCCAUCAGGAAGUCCAGGACCCAGUUGCAUAGGGAGGAGUUCAGACCCAGGGCCGUGAGCUUUAUAAAAACUAUGUUUUUGAAGGUUGAGCUGUAGUUGAUGAACAGCAUCCUCACAUAUGCAUUCCUUUUGUCCAGGUGGGUAAGGGCAGUGUGCAGUGCAAUGGAGAUUGCGUCGUCCGUGGAUCUGUCAGGGCGGUUGGCCAAUUGGAGAGGGUUGAGUGUGUCGGAGAGGGAGGAGGUUAUAUGGUCUUUAACUAGACUCUCAAAGCACUUCAUGAUGACGGAAGUGAGGGCUACUGGUUGGUAGUCAUUCAGUUCAGUUACUUUCCCUUUCUUGGGCACGGGAUGAUAGUGGGCAUCUUGAAGCAGGUGGGUAUAGCGGCCUGAGCUAGGGAGAAAUUGAAAAUGUCUGAGAACACAACAGCCAGCUGGUCUGCACAUGCUCUGAGGGCAUGGCUAGGGAUGCCGUCUGGCCCGGCAGCCUUGCGAGGGUUAACACAUUUGAAUGACUUACAUAUGUCCUCUGUGGAGCCAACGUUGUCAUCGGGGGCGCUCCUCGGCAGCUCAGGGUCAUUGUGUUUAGCUCGUCUGGUAGGGUGACAUUGGUGACCGUGAUGUGGCUGGAUUUCUUGUUGUAAUCCAUGAUCGUUAGGAGCCCCUGCCACAUAUGCCUUGUGUCCGACCCGCUGAAUCAACUUUGUCCCUAUACUUGUGUUUCGCCAUCUUGAUCGAUCUGCGAAACUCAUAUUUGUACAGUUUAAACAAACUAUUGUCCCUGGUCACCUUGCCCUGUUUAUAAGCAGCAUCUCUAUCUUUCAGCUUUCCUACAAGGCUGCUAUCAAUCAAAGUUUUUGAUUUGGGUACGUUUUGGAAGAUACUAUCGGUAUCACGUCAUCUAUGCAUUUUUCAUGAAUCUGGUGACUGAGUCGACGUAUUCAUUGACAUUAUCUCCAGAGGCAACCCGGAACAUAUUCUAGUCCACGUGAUCAAAACAGUCUUGGAGCGUGAACUCUGAUUGGUCGGACCAACGCUGUACAGACCUGACCAUCAUAACUUCCCUCUUGAGUCUUUGUUUGUAGGCGGGGAGAAGCAAGAUGGAGUCAUGGUCGGAUUUCCCGAAAGGAGGACGGGAGAGAGCCUUAUACCUGUGUUGAAAAGGCGUAUAGCAGUGGUCAAGAGUAGAAUUUCGCAAGUUAGACAGUCGAUGUGUUGGUAAUAAUUUCGGAGCACGAUUCUCAAAUUACUUUUGUUAAAGUCCCCCACAACAAUGAAUGCUGCCUCCGAGAAUGCGGUUUCCAGCUGGUUCAGGGUCCAAUGAAGAUCUUUGAGAGUCUUUUUGGUGUCGGCUUGGGGUGGGAUGUACACAGCCAUGGUGAUAAUCCCUGAGAACUAUUUCGGAAGGUAAAAAGGGCGACAUUUGAUGACCAAGUAUUCCAAGUCGGGGGAGCAGAAGCUCGCAAGUUCCUGUAUGUUUCCCCCGUCGCACCAUGUGUUGUUGGUCAUAAAGCAGAGCCCACCACCCUUGCUCUUGCCAGAGAGAGCCCGCUUCCUAUCCGCUCGAAAAACUGUAAAACCCACUGGUUUUAUAUAAUCUGUUUGGAUGUCGGAGAAAAGCCAAGUCUCAGAAAAACAGAGUAUGUUGCAGGAUCUGAUGUCCCUCUAGAAGGAGAUCCUCGCUCUGAGUUCGUCAAGUUUGUUCAUUAAUGAUUGAACAUUGGCGAGUAGUAUGCUUGGUAAUGGAGGAUGGCUCGCCCGACGUCUUAAUCUCACUAAGACCCUGCCAUGUCUGCCUCUCUGUUGGCAUCUUCACUUCCUACUCUCCGGUAUGACUCCCAAGCAGCAAUAAGCUAGUCCAUUGUUCUGCCAUCUCAGGGAAUUCGGGGAGGUCAGGUGGAUUUGAGUACCCAGCAAUUCGUAUUACAAUAGUUCUACCCGGGUGUGUAAAGUAAUGCACGAAACAAACUGAUUAAGAAAAUGAGAAAAACACCUGCAAUGUUUUAUCGGAGCUCGAGGCGAGGCACCCUCUGUCGGCGCCAUUUUACCCAUCUCCUUACAUUUCUGGUAAAUUGGUUUUGGCACUGACGCAUACGCUCUCUGGACAGGUACUUCAUCUUUGAGACUGAGUGAUAUCUGCAGGCUUUGGAUGCACCCGAUAUCAUUGUCGUCAAGCGCGAAAGCAGCUGAUUCCUCAUACAAUAUGUUUGUGACUAUUUGUUGUUGUGUUUCUUCCAAGUGUCUUAUGUCAACUGGAGGGUGCCAUAGUGACACUGCAUCACCAUUUGGGCUAGGUGAGUUGACACUGUUAACCUCCACACUGGCUUUAGGUUUCACUUGUUGGUCUGUCCCAACUAUUUUGGCUAUUGGCUGGAUGCUACCAAUGGCUGUUCUUGGCAGAGGUAUGUCAUGCCGGGUGUGGUUUCUGACAGGGACCUGUACAUAGGGUUUGUGUAGCCUUUUGGAUCUCUACUAAGCCCUCCCCAACAUCUAGUUGUUCUAGCUGCAUGUGGUUUUCGGACGUCGACAAAGUUUACAAUGGCUUUGGCUUGGACAUCUUGGAUUGCCAUGGCCCCACUGAGUAAGGUAAGACUAUGUUCCACAAUACUCCCCAUUUGUCCUUUAAUGACCUUGCUCCUCUAUCACAUUAAACCCAAGUAAGGGCCUCUCAAGCGUCAGCUGAUUAACUAGGAAUUGGACAUGAAUGGAUAGAUCAGGGUUAUCAUUCCCAGGUAGGUUGACAGUAACUUCAACCCAGCCAUCGAAGGGUAUGGUAUCUUCAUUCACAGCAUAAACAUCAAGACCUCCGUCGGCUCCCAUGAGCUCAGUGAGCGGCCUCACUUUUUGACCAGGUAAGUAUUUUUCCUUCCAGGCAUGAUCUAAGAUGCUCACUUGGGCCGCUUGCUCCCAAGCCAUACAUGUUACAUCAGAGCAGGAAUUUCUUUUCUAUAAGCUGGGCUACUUUGUCAUGUUCUGUGGCCGGCCCCCCGUCCUGCCUCUUUUCUCUACACCAGCUGUCUUGGCGGAUGCGAUUUACACUUUGAGUUCUCAACACUGUGAAACCACCCGGUUGGGACUGUAGCUUCGGCUCGAUCACUGGUUGUUCCUGCGCAGUGACCGGCUCCCGUUUCCCGAGUGCUUUAGUCUCUUUAGACAGCCUACUGCUCCAUGUCCUUCCCUGUUCAACACAUCAUGGGGAGCCGUAUGGUUUCUCUCUUCUGGGCCCAGACUGUUGGCUUGUGGAACACUGGCAUGUAUAUACUGGUUGUUUUGACUGUGUCAGGGAGUCUAUCAUGCUGGUUAAAGCUUCAACCUGCGCACUGAGCUGUUGUAUGGUCUUACUCUUGUGUUUAUGGUCAGCAACCGCCUCCCCUUUGAUACAGUUUUUAUUACUAUGGCUAUCACCAAGCUGUACGCUAUGAGCAUGUAUUGGUUAGGGGCAGGUUAUUGGGCCUAGCCAAUGCUGCCUCUCAUUCUCGUUACUGGUUAUUUCCAUCACAUGCCUUAGUAUUACUUAGUCAGACACUUUGCUGUCAGAAAGGAGGGGUCUCAACUCCCUGCGAAUAUGGCUGUGUUUGUGUCUAAGCCCUGGUACACGGUGUGUAAGAAUACAUCUUGCACUGUCUGUACAUCAUACCUUAUGUCUGUGUUGGCUUCUUUUGACAUGAACAGAAUUUUCAGUUUCAGCCCUACCAUCCUAUAGAGAAACUGUUGCGGAGUCUCUUGUUCACUUUGAUUAGGCACAUAAGCUCUUGGAAUAGUUUGGUACUGUUUUUUUCCCCCUAGGUGACUCUGGAGAAACCCUUUAAGCUCUACUAUUGUCAUGACUGUCUUUGUUCAUGAGCAUGUCCUUGAAAUUUCCAGGCCUUAUGAGCCGCAACACGCUUCUGACUAUCUCAUUUUCACUGCAGUUCUCUUCAAUCCCUUCUUCUAUCUGUUUGCACGCAUUGGUGUAGCUUAUGUCUGAAGCGUGGUCGCCUAUUUGACCCCCAUGAAUCUUGAAUUCUCUCCGCUGCAUGUAAAAGAUAUCUUAGGGAGACUACACUGUCGUGCUUAGAUGGGUGGUGCACGCUCAGAGUGACGGCUACUGUGUGGUGAGUUAUCAUGUACAGUGCUUUGUUUCACAGCUGUGGGCGGGGUAGGGUUACUUCUACAUUGGAGGCGUUUCCUACCUCAUAGCUAGAAAGCAUUAUCUGGUAUUCAGUAUCAGUAUCUGAUGGGUCAUUGGCUACGUUAACAACAUCAGCUGCAUUGGUGGGCGAAGGAGGUGUAUUUUCAGACUGAUUUUCAGACUUCUGUAGCUCUGACUUGUCUUUGUCUGGUACCGGGCCGACGGUCUUGCCGAUCCGAUAGUUCUUCAAAUGUCAGCGCAUGCAGGCGCUUCCUGAUGUCCCACACCAGGCCCUUCCUUGCACCAUCCGACAUGGCCUCUCUUUAUCCCUCACGCACGUCACACAGCUACACAGGUCACACAGUCCCGGAUGUCUGUAUCACUGGUUCAGCAUCCUCCAGCAGGCGAAGCCUAUCCCGGAAAAGCCCCCAAGAAUCUGUAACAGGCUCCAGACAUGAGAUCCCACUACAGAUAAUAAAGUCCUGUUAUACACAGGGAGAAAGAAGACACAGGAGAUACGUUUGUUUUUCAAUCAGGCAGUUUCUUCCUCUUUUUUUGCUGUAGAGCGUACUCUAUACCCCAAUUCCCCUGCAGCUCUCCCCAGUGGUACACACUGGAUAACAAUCCAAUCAAAUCAAAUGUUAUUUGUCACAUACACGUGUGUAGCAGAUGUUAUUACGGGUGUAGCGGAAUGCUUGUGCUUCUAGCUCCAACAGUGCAGUAAUAUCUAAUAAGUAAUAUCUAACAAUUUCACAACAUAUGCCCAAUACACACAAAACUAGUAAGGAAUGGAAUUGAAGAAUAUAUAUGUGAACAAGCAAUGAGAGAGUGGCAUGGACUAAGAUACAGUAGAAUAUUAUAGAAUAGAAACCUCAAACAGUCACACUCCAAACUCCACUAUGGCCAAGACCAAAGAGCUGUCAAAGGACACCAGAAACAAAAUUGUAGACCUGCACCAGGCUGGGAAGACUGAAUCUGCAAUAGGUAAGCAGCUUGCUUUGAAGAAAUCAACUGUGGGAGCAAUUAUUAGGAAAUGGAAGACAUACAAGACCACUGAUAAUCUCCCUCGAUCUGGGGCUCCACGCAAGAUCUCACCCCGUGGGGUCAAAAUGGUCACAAGAACGGUGAGCAAAAAUCCCAGAACCAGACGGGGGGACCUAGUGAAUGACCUGCAGAGAGCUGGGACCAAAGUAACAAAGCCUACCAUCAGUAACACACUACGCCGCCAGGGACUCAAAUCCUGCAGUGCCAGACGUGUCCCCCUGCUUAAGCCAGUACAUGUCCAGGCCCGUCUGAAGUUUGCUAGAGUGCAUUUGGAUGAUCCAGAAGAGGAUUGGGAGAAUGUCAUAUGGUCAGAUGAAACCAAAAUAGAAAUUUUUGGUAAAAACUCAACUCGUCGUGUUUGGAGGACAAAGAAUGCUGAGUUGCAUCCAAAGAACACCAUACCUACUGUGAAGCAUGGGGGUGGAAACAUCAUGCUUUGGGGCUGUUUUUCUGCAAAGGGACCAGGACGACUGAUCCGUGUAAAGGAAAGAAUGAAUGGCGCCAUGUAUCGUGAGAUUUUGAGUGAAAACCUCCUUCCAUCAGCAAGGGCAUUGAAGAUGAAACGUGGCUGGGUCUUUCAGCAUGACAAUGAUCCCAAACACACUGCCCGGGCAACGAAGGAGUGGCUUCGUAAGAAGCAUUUCAAGGUCCUGGAGUGGCCUAGCCAGUCUCCAGAUCUCAACCCCAUAGAAAAUCAUUGGAGUGAGUUGAAAGUCUGUGUUGCCCAGCGACCGCCCCAAAACAUCACUGCUCUAGAGGAGAUCUGCAUGGAGGAAUGGGCCAAAAUACCAGCAACAGUGUGUGAAAGCCUUGUGAAGACUUACAGAAAACGUGACCGGUCAUGCAAAAAGGGUAUAUACAAGUAUGAAAACACCAAAUACUUAUUCCCCCAUAAUUUGCAAAUAUUCAAAAAAAUCUACAAAGAUUUCUGAAUUUCUUUCUCAUUGUCUGUCAAGAUAUGUGAAAAUACAGCUUUCAUCUUUUUAAGUGGGAGAAGUGCCAAUUGGUGGCGCUAAUUUUUUUCCCACUGUAUCAGAGAGUAGUGCAAGAUAUGUAAACAUUAUUAAGUGACAAGUUGCAUUUCUUAAAGGGGCCGUGAUUUCAAUAGGCAGUCAGCAGCCUCUAAUGUUGCUAGUGAUGGCUAUUUAACAGUCAAGAUGGCCUUGAGAUAGAAGCUGUUUUUCAUUAUCUCGGUCCCAGCUUGAUUCACCUGUACGACCUCGCCUUCUGGAUGAUAGCGGGGUGAACAGGCAGUGGCUUGGGUGGUAGAUGUCCUUGAUGAUCUUUUUGGCCUUCCUGUGACAUCGGGUGCUGUAUGUGUCUUAGAGGGCAGGUAGUUUGCCCCGGUAAUGCGUUCAGCAGACUGCACCACCCUCUGGAGAUCCUUGCGGUUGCGGGCGCUGCAGUUGGCGUACUAGGCGGUGAUACAGCCCGACAGGAUGCUCUCAAUUGUGCAUCUGUAAAAGUUUGUGAACGAAGUUCGAAUAGCAAUGGUCGAGGAUUUUGGCAGUGCGAGUACAACAGUCGAUAUGUUGAUAGAACUUUGGCAGCCUAGUCCUCAAAUUUGCUUUGUUAAAAUCCCCCCCUUCAAUAAAUGCAGCCUAAGUAUAUGUGGUUUCCAGUUUGCAUAAAGUCCAGUGAAGUUCUUUGAGGGCCGUCGUGGUAUCGGCUUGAGGGGGGAUAUACACGGCCGUGACUAUAACCAAAGAAAAUUAUCUUGGGAGAUAAUACGGUCGGCAUUUGAUUGUGAGAUAUUCUAGGUCGGGUGAACAAAAGGACUCGAGUUCCUGUAUGUUACUACAAUUACACCAUGAGUCGUUAAUCAUGAAACACACACAUCCGCCCUUCUGCUUCCCGGAGAGAUAUUUAUUCCUGUCUGCGAGAUGAACCAGCAGGCCGCUCCGAGUGCCUCUCCUCCUCUUCCCAUUGGAGGUAUAUGGAAAAAAAACUCUAAUAAAAAAACACAACCAAUACAAAAACAUAACAGAUAGAAAAAAUACAUAUCUCUUUCUCAAAACACCAAAUUGUGACCAACAUAUUUAUGUGCAUCACACUAUUGUAUCGUCUAUUUUUAGUUGAAUUCUGGGUUGAAUUGAAACAAUAGCUGUUGAUGACUUUGCAAUGCUAUAUAGGCCUAAAUAGCAUCAUUGAUGAUAUAUGAGUGGUAAAGUAUGGUCACAUUUAAUUUGCUCUGUUAAACCUACCCUUUGGAAUGAUGUCGAUAGCAACAAAGACCUCUCAACAAUCAUUCUCACGAUAGCACAUUGGUAAUAGUCAGUGACAAAUAUCAUAGCUGGGCUUGGUUAAAAACCUGGAUGGGAGACCAAAGGGUAGCUGUAGGUACAGUGCAUUCGGAAAGUAUUCAGACCUCUUGACUUUUUCCACAUUUUGUUAUGUUACAGCCUUAUUCUAAAAUGGAUUAAAUAGUUUUUUCCCCCUCAUCAAUCUACACACAAUACCCCAUAAUGACAAAGUAAAAACAUGUUUUCAGAAAUGUUUGCUAAUUUAUUAAAAAUUAUUACAUUUACAUAAGUAUUCAGACCCUUUACUCAGUACUUUGUUGAAGCACCUUUGGCAACGAUUACAGCCUCCAGUCUUCUUGGGUGUGACACUACAAGCUUGGCACAUCUGUAUUUGGGGAGUUUCUCCCAUUCUUCUCUGCAGAUCCUCUCAAGCUCUGACAGGUUGGAUGGGGAGCGCAGCUGUUUUCAGGUCUCUCCAGAUAUGUUAGAUCGGGUUCAGGUCCAGGCUCUGGCUGGGCCACUCAAGGACAUUCAGAGAUUUGUCCCGAAGCCACUCCUGCGUUGUCUUGGCUGUGUGCUUAGGGUCGUUGUCCUAUUGGAAGGUGAAUCUUCACCCCAGUCUGAGGUCCUGAGUGCUCCAUUAAUCUUUGCCUCGGUCCUGACUAGUCUCCCAGUCCCUGCCGCUGAAAACAUCCCCACAGCAUGAUGCUGCCACCACCAUGCUUCACCGUAGGGAUGGUUCCAGGUUUCCUCCAGACGUGACGCUUGGCAUUCAGGCCAAAGAGUUCAAUCUUGGUUUCAUCAGAUCAGAGAAACUUGUUUGUCAUGGUCUGAGUGUCUUUAGGUGCCUUUUGGCAAACUCCAAGCGGGCUGUCAUGUGCCUUUUACUGAGGAGUGGCUUCCAUCUGGCCACUCUACCAUAAAGGCCUGAUUGGUGGAGUGGUGCAGAGAUGGUUGUCCUUCUGGAAGGUUCUCCCAUCUCCACAGAGGAACUCUGGAGCUCUGUCAGAGUGACCAUCGGGUUCUUGGUCAGCUCCCUGACCAAGGCCCUUCUCCCCCGAUUGCUCAGUUUGGCUGGGCUGCCAGCUCUAGGAAGAGUCUUGGUGGUUCCAAACAUCUUCCAUUUAAGAAUGAUGGAGGCCACUGUGUUCUUGGGGACCUUCAAUGUUGCAGACAUUUUUUGUUACCCUUCCCCAGAUCUGUGCCUCGACACAAUCAUGUCUCGGAGCUCUACGGACAAUUCCUUCGACCUCAUGGAUUGGUUUUUCCUCUGACAUGCACUUUUCAACUGUGGGACCUUAUAUACAGUGGGGAGAACAAGUAUUUGAUACACUGCCGAUUUCGCAGGUUUUCCUACUUACAAAGCAUGUAGAGGUCUGUAAUUUUUAUCAUAGGUACACUUCAAAUGUGAGAGACGGAAUCUAAAACAAAAAUCCAGAAAAUCACAUUGUAUGAUUUUAAAGUAAUUAAUUUGCAUUUUAUUGCAUGACAUAAGUAUUUGAUACAUCAGAAAAGCAGAACUUAAUAUUUGGUACAGAAACCUUUGUUUGCAAUUACAGAGAUCAUACGUUUCCUGUAGGUCUUGACCAGGUUUGCACACACUGCUGCAGGGAUUUUGGCACCACUCCUCCAUACAGACCUUCUCCAGAUCCUUCAGGUUUCGGGGCUGUCGCUGGGCAAUACAGACUUUCAGCUCCCUCCAAAGAUUUUCUAUUGGGUUCAGGUCUGGAGACUGGCUAGGCCACUCCAGGACCUUGAAAUGCUUCUUACGGAGCCACUCCUUAGUUGCCCUGGCUGUGUGUUUCGGGUCGUUGUCAUGCUGGAAGACCCAGCCACGACCCAUCUUCAAUGCUCUUACUGAGGGAAGGAGGUUGUUGGCAAAGAUCUCGUGAUACAUGGCCCCAUCCAUCCUCCCCUCAAUACGGUGCAGUCGUCCUUUCCCCUUUGCAGAAAAGCAUCCCCAAAGAAUGAUGUUUCCACCUCCAUGCUUCACGGUUGGGAUGGUGUUCUUGGGGUUGUACUCAUCCUUCUUCUUCCUCCAAACACGGCGAGUGGAGUUUAGGAAACGUAUGAUCUCUGUAAUUGCAAACAAAGGUUUCUGUACCAAAUAUUAAGUUCUGCUUUUCUGAUGUAUCAAAUACUUAUGUCAUGCAAUAAAAUGCAAAUUAAUUACUUUAAAAUCAUACAAUGUGAUUUUCUGGAUUUUUGUUUUAGAUUCCGUCUCUCACAGUUGAAGUGUACCUAUGAUAAAAAUUACAGACCUCUACAUGCUUUGUAAGUAGGAAAACCUGCAAAAUCGGCAGUGUAUCAAAUACUUGUUCUCCCCACUGUAGAUAGGUGAGUGCCUUUCCAAAUCAUGUCCAAUCAAUUGAAUUUACCACAGGUGGACUCCAAUCAAGUUAUAGAAACAUCUCAAGGAUGAUCAAUGGAAACAGGAUGCACCUGAGCUCAAUUUCAAUUCUCAUAGCAAAGGGUCUGAAUACUUAUGUAAAUUAGGUAUUUCUGUUUUAUAUUUUUAGUAAAUGUGCAAACAUUUCUAAAAGCCUGUUUUCACUUUGUCAUUCUGGGGUAUUGUGUGUAGAUUGCUGAUUGCUGAGGAUUUUUAUUUAUUUAAUCCAUUUUAGAAUAAGGCUGUAACGUAACAAAAUGUGGAAAAAGUCAAGGGGUCUGAAUACUUUCCGAAGGCACUAUAGAUCAAUUUUCCAGUAGGAGGUGCUGGCCAGCCUAUUGCUUUUUGUUCUGAUAGUGGAUAUAACGUUGAAGAUCUGACGUUGUUUUAAAGGUACAAUUUCAACAUAUGCUAUACAAGGUUUGACAUAAAUCUGUGGUUGUAAUUUCACCCUGAAAAUGAUGACUUUUUUCAAAUCCAAUGUAUUUACCAUGUUGAUUCCACAUCACAAUAUGUUGACAAAUUACGUUGAAACAACAUUGAUUCAACCAGUGCGUGCCCAGUGGGUAGACAGCCAGUUUGAAAUGUAUAAAUGGAUGUCAGGAAAAUUAGGUAAUUAGGAUUCACUGAUGCAAACUUUUGUUUUUUUGCGAGGUUAAGGUUGACCAAAUGUCUUUUGUCUUCAGAUUCACAUAAAGAAACCUAUUUAUUGUGGCUGGCCCCACACUGAUGAGAUCAACAAUUGCUGUAAACUAUUAAACUGACUGUUGUGUCCUGUUGUUCUCUUUCAGGUCUUGUGGAGGUCAUAGAGCUAACAGAGUAAGCUUUGUUCCUCUCCUCCUCACAAUCUACCCUCACUGUUUUACUAUUUUUUGCACUAUUCCACAGUUUUUGCAUGUGAAGAAAUACAGGUGUUGGCCUAAGCAAGUGAUCAGUUGAAGUGGAAACAUUCAAGUUUAUGUUACUCAUGUGUUUACCUCUUUGCUGAAUAGAAACUAAGUUUCAUAGCAAUUCAUAGUACUGUACUGCACAUUCUGUCCCUGAAGACCUUGGAAACACAGUAACAUCUGAAACUCUUAGCCUGGAUUUGCUGACUUUUGAGACUGUUGUCUCCCCUCUCUCUCUCUCUCUCUCUCUCUCUCUCUCUCUCUCUCUCUCUCUCUCUCUCUCUCUCUCUCUCUCUCUCUCUCUCUCUCUCUCUCGCUCUCUCUCUCACUAAGAGCUUUAAGACUUUGGGCUCAAGAUAAGCCUUCAUACGCACAGAUAAAUGGUUGCAGAUUGCGCUUACGUAGUGGGCCCAUUUACUGUACUGCUGAAAUUCCACUCAAUGACUCGUGAAGUGGUGAUUUGCAACUUGAUGGCUCAAUUCUGAAAUAUAAAAUGAUUAUCUUUUAUGUAAAAGGAAAUUCACCUUCAAUCCUAAGGAGGGAAUAGACAACCCAGCAAUGGUCAUCUCAGAUGAUGCAGGUAGGCUACCCCUUUAGUGUUCUUCAUUACACACCUCAAUUCUUUCACCUCUACUGACGUUUUUGGAAAAAGACGAUAUACUAUAGACUUUAACUUUAGACUAUAGACUUUAGACUAUAGACCUUAAAUGUAUGUCCACUGUUCCUUCUCCUAUAUAACUGUCCCCUGUAGAGCCUUGCUCAGGGCCCACACCGCGUCUCUGCAUUCUUAAACGUGAAGAGGGUGAGUCCUUCAGCUUCCACCUGCGUGUGGAGAGGGGCUGCCUUGGUCAUGUGAUCAGACAGGUGACACCGUGGGGGGUGGCGGAGCGCGGUGGUCUCAGAGACGGGGAUCGACUCCUGGAGGUCAAUGAGAGCUUUGUGGAUGACAUCACACACCUAGAGGUCAGAUGGCCGAUGACCUAGAGCGACUUUUCAGGCGGAUAUAACCUAAAAUAUUGGUCAUUAUACACAUAUGUUUUGUUUGGAUUUUACCCUGAUUUUACCAGGUUUACCGUUGUAGUCAAAAUACCAAUUUUUCAAGAGAGACUUAGCCAGAAUUGCACCUAGACUGAACAUAACAUUCUAACUUGUACAGUGGGAAUCAUAAGUAUUCACCCCCUUGGAUAUUUUCACAUUUUUUUACCUUACAAAGUGGGAUUGAAAUAGAUCUCAUUUAGAUUUUUUGUCAUUGAUCUACACAAAAUAUUCCAUAAUGUCAAAGUGAAAAGAAAAUUCUACAAAUCUGUACAAAUGAAUAAAAAGUACAGUAUAUAACUAAAAUAUAGUCGUUGCAUAAGUAUUCACCCCCUUAGUUUAGGCAAGCCUAAAUUAGUUCAGGAGUAACAUUUGGCUAAACAAAUCACAUAAUAAGUUACACGGACUCAGUCUGUGUGAAAUAAUAGGGGUUGACAUUUUUUUUUAUGACUACCCCUUCAUCUGUCCCCCAUGCAUACAGCAUCUGUAAGGUCCCUCAGUCAAGUAUUGAAUUUAAAGCACAGAUUCAACUACAAAGACCAGGGAGCUUUUUGAAAUCUUCAUAAAGAAGGGCAAUGAUUGGUAGAUGGGUAACAAUAACAAAUCGGACAUUGAAUAUCUCUUUAAGAAUGGUCAAGUUAAUAAUGAUGCUGUGGAUGACGUAUUAAACCAGCCAGAUACAUCCAAGCUAUAGUCAUCCUUCUGAACUGAGCUGCAGGACAGGAAGGAAUCUGCUCAGGGACGUCACCAUGAGGCCAUAGGUGAUUUUAAAACAACGACAGAGUUCAAUGGCUGUGAUGGGAGAAAACUGAGGCUGGAUCAACAACACUGUAGUGAAUCCACAAUAAUGACCGAAAUGACAGAGUGAAAAGAAGAAUACAAAUAUAUAGAAUACAAAUAUUCCAAAACAUGCAUCCUGUAUGCAACAAGGCACUAAAGUAAUACCACAAAAAAACAUGGCAAAGGUAUACACUUUUUGGUCUAAAUGCAAAGCCUUAUGUUUUGGGGAUAAUCCCACACAACACAUGACUGAGUAAUUGCCUCCUUAUUUUCAAGCAUGGUGGUGGCUGCAUCAUGGUAUGUAAUGCUUGAUAUCUGCAAAGACUGGGUAUAAAAAGAAACAGGAUGAGGCUAAGGAUCUCAGAGUCAAAAUCCUAGAAGAAAACAUGCUUCAGUUUGCUUUACACCAGACACUGGGAGAGGAAUCCACCUUUCUGCAGGACAAUAACCUACAACACAAGGCCACAUCUAUACUGGAGUUGCUUACCAUAAAAACAGUGAAUGUUCCUGUCAAGUUACAGUUUUUACUUAAAUCUGCUUGAAAAUAUAUGGCAAGACAUCAAAAUUGCUGUCUAGCCAUGAUCCCUAACACCUUGACAGAGCUUGAAGAAUUUUGAAAACAAUUUAGAAAACAAUCCAGGUGUGCAAAGCUCUUAGAGACUUACCCAAGAAGACCCAGUAAUCAUUGCCAAAUGUGUUUCUAACAUGUAUUGAAUCAGAAGGGUGAAUACUUAUCAAAUCAAGGUAUAUUAGUAUUUUAUCUUUCAUUAAUAUAAAAAAAAAAGACAAUUAAAUCAAUUUUAGUCCCACUUUGUAACACAAUAAAAUGUGAAGGGGGGUGAAUACGUAUGAUACCCACUGUAUGUCUGUCUUUGUCUCUGUGUGUGAGUCAGGUGGCCAUGCGUAUAAAGCUUAGUGGGCGCCAGCUGUGUCUGCUGGUGUUGGAUGGAGAGGAGUACGACCAGGCGGUGUCACAGGGUCAUGACCUCCAGGCCCUAGCCAGAACACACAGGGGAGAGGGCUGCAGCCCACCCAGGCUCUGCCACAUCAUCAGAGACACAGCCUCAGGCCUUGGAGUCAACUUCCUGCCUGUGGAAGGUACGCGAGACUGCAGUUGAGAGGAAAUUGAUACAAAUGAUGAAAUUAUUAAUUAAUCAGCAUCAGAGUUAAUUGGUUGGUCCUAGAAUGGUUGUUGACUUUGUGUCAUGCCAUGUGAACCCCCUCUAGGGGAGAAGGGCCAGAUCUCAGUGAGCCUGUUGAGUGGGGGUCCGGCCGAGAGAGCGGGGGUGCGUCGGGGAGACCGCCUGUUGUGGAUCGAUGGUGACACGGUGUCAGAGCUCACACACUCUGUUCUCAGCAAGAUGGUAGGUGGACUUGGACAAACAGACCUCCCUCCACUGUAUGGACCAGCCUUUGAGCAAUCUGGGUCACGUUCAUUAGGGCAAGAAAACAUUUUGAAAUGGAAAAUGAAAACCAGCGGCUCUUAUUGGACAAGUCCAGAUAGUCGCUCCCUGUUUCAAGCCCUUUUUCUUCGUUUUGUGCCUAAUGAACAUGACCGGUCUGAUACAGCUUGUCCAUGUAUUGUGUGCAGGUGAAGAAGUGCAGGGACCACAUGACCAUCCUGGUGAUUGACAGUGAGAGUGAGCAGAGCUAUGCCCGCAGGCGGAUGCCAAUCCUGCCCACCCUGGCUGGUUCCCACCACAACCUGCCCCAUACACCCAGGAAACUCCAUCUGGUCCCUGGGCCCGAGGGGUAUGGCUUCCUCCUCAGAGAGGAGAUGACCCCAUCAGGGUGCAAAGGUCAGAGGGAUGAUGAAAUAUGUACAAACAAACUCAACUAUGCAUACCAUAUGCAGGAAAUAGCUAUGACACAAGCAAUAGCAUCAACUAUAUGGAAAAAACAAGACACACACACACAUGCACAGCACACAUUCACAAACCCAUACACAUAUAUCUAUAAUCCAGAUUGUAACCGUCAGUGUAUGUAUGUGAAAUGCUUUCCUUCUUUAGCCCACGUAAUGCGUGAGGUAGACCAAGGCAGCCCGGCUGAGGAGGCAGGCAUUGAGGAAGGAGACCUGCUACUGGAGGUCAAUGGAGAGGCAGUGGAGUCACUGGGCCAUGAGGACAUAGUGGACAGAGUACGGAAGAGUGGCCAACAGGUCACCCUUACCACCAUCACAGCCAGUGGCCAAGAGUUUUACACGCAGGUAGCUGUGAGCACAGUCAUCCCAAGUGUGUGUGUGUUUGUAGCAACGUGCAUGCCCCGCCCAUAUGAGGAUUUGUCUUUUUCAGACAUCCAUUUCCUGUGUUUGAGGGGUGCAAAAUCCACUUGUCACUUAAAUCUCGCUGGAUUGAUUGCUUUCAUUUUACUCCUCCGACUCUUUCAUACUCCUGCUUGUGCCUGUCGUUUUUCUGUUAACGUUACGACUGCGGAAAUGUUUGUAAUGACCUGUCAAACAUCCUGGUAAUGGCUGAAAUGUGCUCAAUGGAAUACAUUGUCUUUCAAGAAUGCUAAAGAUUCAUCUGGGAUUUUAAGCACCGUCUCGAUCACUUACAUCACAAAAUAGAGAAGAACUUUAAUUUGAUGGGUGUUCAUUUUUUGUGUAAUUAAAAAAAAUAAUCAUUUAUUACAGUUGAAAUGUUUACAAAUUAAAUGCACUGAAAUGAAAGCAACUUCUGAAAAUGAACACUCGGAUUAUAGUGAUAAUAUGUCUGAUCUCUCAAACAAUUUUUAGAUUGGUGUAAACUAGAGUCAAGCGUGUUGAUUUUUAAUCCGAGGGUAAAUGGCAUAUUAUUAUUAUUAUUAUUAUUAUUAUUAUUAUUAUUAUCCUGCUAUUGACACACUUGUUGAAUUAUGCAACUCUGUUCCACCCCUUUAUGUUAAUGUUUUAAUAUAUGCAAAUACACCCAUUGUGUUUAUGCAAAUUAGGCACAUAUAGUUUUCUUUAUUGUAACACAAAAUAUAUAAAAAAUUACCUGAUACAAUAACAACAUGUGUGCAUUCUAAGAAAAAUUAAUAAAUUGAAUACCUGAAUUUCCACCAAAAUCCCUGAAUUCCAUUCAUUAUUAGUCCGUGCCAGUAAAAUGAUUUAUGUGCUAUAAUUCAGUCAAUAUAUGAUGGAUUAUACAAUUUCUAAAUUUUGGAGUAUCUUCCAUUGUCCAACUGUUGCAUUUAUUAGAAUUGUUUUUAAAAACGUUUAACAACUUUGUAGACCGUUGAUAGUGUUUGUGUGGUAGGGCUUAAUAAACGUCCUUGACUAAAGGGUUCCAGGUUAAAUUAUAACCAGAGUAAGCAGACAUUAAACAUUUAAAGUACAUAUAAUGAGCUAAUGAUUGUUCUCUUUGUUAUGUACCCUAUUUUACUCCAUUCAGUUGGAUCUAUCCCCUCUGCUCUUCUGUGGGAGUAAUGCAGUUGAACAGGUAAAGGAAAAGGAGAACCUAGCCCCACCACCACUCCCAGUUGUAGUGGAGGUUCCAAAGGAAGAACCAGUGGUGCUGCCCACUGUGCCUAGUCCACGACUUUGUGUUCUCCAGAAAGGACCUCUGGGUUUCGGCAUCAACUUGGGCUGUUUCCAGGACACCCCUGGAACCUUUGUAAGCCAGGUAGGGCACCGUAGGACACUCAUGGGCACACACUAGCUGUUGGGCAGCAAUAGGCUUACUAAAGAUGUGAUGUCUCCAGCAGUGAGAUGAGAAAAUUAAGUUUUUUACUCAAACCAGAGAUUACACUGAAUUAUUGUAUUUACAAGGAGCUGAGAAGAAUUAUAUUUCUUAUAAAAUGUAAGGUAAAAAGGUCCAAUGGAGCUGUUUUGAUCUCAAUUUCAAAUCAUUUCUGGGUAAACAUUUUUUCUAUUAAAAUGGUCAAAAAGAAACAAAAAUAGCUUCUUAGCAAAGAACAAUUGCUCAAGCAAAAUUUUUGCUAGGACUGUCUGAGAGUGGUCUGAGUGAGGGGCCUAAUUGGACGAGUCUAAUGGGAGGGAUAUAAAACCUGAAAACUAGCUGUUAUUGGCAGAGAGGUUUGAAACUCUCUUUGUUAUUGGUCUAUUAACUUAUACCGCCUGGUGAUGUCGCCAGGCAGGCCAAAACUACAUCCCACCAAAACAGGCAGAUAUUUUGGGUGGUCUUUUCAAACAGCUCUUACACCAAAACGGCACUAUCAUCAUUUUCAUAAUUUCCCAGUAUUAUUCCAACCUCAUAGUGUGGAAAUAUAUAUAAAACACAGGAAAAUUACAAUUUUGACUGCACUGGGCCUUUAAAGAGGUGAAAUUAGACAGUUGAUGGCCUUCUAAUACGGAAAUUAUGUCGAUUUUUUGGGGUCCUCUAGGUGGCACUGGGGGGCUCUGGGAGUAGAGCAGGACUACAGGUAGGGGACGUGGUGAUGGAGGUGAACGGACAGAACAUGGAGGAGAAUUGUCUGGAGGAUGUGAUGGUUCUGGUUCAGGAGGGAGGACAUUAUCUCUCUCUUCUGGUUGUGGAGAAGAGUGGGUACAACAAGCUCGAACAGAGCCAGAGCCCCUUCGCUACUGUAGAGGCUACGGUGAGAGAACAUGUCCUUAGGAGAUUGUACUGUAGCCUAUGUAUUUAUUAUCUUUAAUAAAUUAUCACAUCUAAUUGAUCUUGUUAUUUACCUCUACAGAUGGAGGAGGAAACUGAUGUGAAAUCUGCC